UCUUCGUCCUAGUCCUGCAAAUGUAGGUCUCCCCACUAGCGUCUGCCUGCUGCUACCACCAGGUAAUACCGCGAGAUCGCGGGAGAGGGAAGUUAUACGCGGGUGUCAUACCGUCGCUCGCACAUUUGGUCAUUCGAUCGGUUACUCGUUCGGUCUGUCCACGUACAACCGAUGGACGGGCGGUGUACUAUAAUUAUAGACACACCGUUUGUGCGCGAGAAGUCCGACCGGUCGAUCGGUUCUCGCGAACGCGAACGGCUUCGGGCGAGUUAAGGGUGUUAGCUUAAUUUUUUUAAUAGACAGUUUUUGUACCGGGUCAAGAGUAUAUCCGCGCGUGAAAUUUUCCGCCGUUUCUCUUCCGUAAAAGUCCAUACAUGUACCAUGUGCCAAACGAAGUACCGACUAGCGCGACGGGGUAAGUUCGGUUUCGAAGGGACCGAUUCGUGAUGUGAGAGUGCUAUUUUCUUUAUUUUAUAAUCCUCGUCGCACAUCCUGCAAGUAACCGGAUAAUGCGCUUUAGUGUUUGCAUCGAGGAUUAUCAAGCGCAAAGAGACUUUACGCGCCGUAAAAGCGAUUUCUGAAACAUACAAUAUGAAAAUUUUAAGGAAGCGUAAAAGCGAGUAAUGUGCGGCGAUUACAAAUUUCGUUUGAUAACUGCGCGUAUUGUAUUAUAGUAUUUGAAGUAAUUAGCAAGUGGGACGAAGACAUGUGGAUCCACAACAGAUCACCCCUUUUCACGUUAACUGACGAGGCACGAGUCUUGUGAAAAUUACAAUCCCUAAACGCGAAAUAUAUUUUGUACCUUUAUUAGUCUCGAUAUAGUUUACGAGACAGUUUUUACGUCGUGUCUACUCGUACGGAGUUAUGCGGACUCCACGUUACACUUGACCGACAGCGUGACAAAACGAAAAGAGGAUCGAUAGUUUGAAGGAAAAAAGAUGUAUUCGGUGUGCUUGACGGUUUUCCUCGUCGUAUCGAUAUGCAGCUUGACCGCACAGCAGCCAACGUUCUUCAGAAACACGUUCAAGGGGUUGAGUGGUCUCGCGCCAAGCGCCGUCGCGCUCGCCAAGGACGAGAUACGAGCGGUUUAUUAUCACGAACAGACGGUGGCGGUGGUCGAUCUUGGCCCGAGAAAUGAACUCCACGAUUGUAAUAUAAUCGAAGUAUACGAUCCGUCCGAGGCUAUGGAGGUUUUGCGAAACUUGUCUAUGACUUUGCGCCCGCAAGUAGUGUCCUUCCCGGAGAUAACGAGGCUCAUGCAACAAUGCGAGUUAUUGGACGGCCUGCAGGUGGAGGCCACGUCCACCUUGCCCACAAACGCAUUGAGCAGAGGGUCCCGCAUAGCCGCGAGCUCCAUCACGCUGUUAUCCGGUAUUCUGCCAGGCACAAAAUGGUGCGGCACGGGCGACAUAGCCGAAAAUUAUCACGAUUUGGGCGACCUACCUCACAUUGACAGAUGCUGUCGCAACCACGAUCUCUGUCCAAUAAAAGUGCGAGCUCAACAGACCCGAUACAACCUCACUAACUACUCGCUGUACACUAAAUCACACUGUACUUGCGACCAAGCGCUUUACCACUGUCUAAAAUCUGCCAAUCAUCCAACGGCGAAUUUGAUGGGGACGAUAUAUUUCAAUAUUGUCAAGGUGCCGUGUAUAGAAGACAUAGGAAGAAAUCUGUAUUCUUCCCCGGAUGCAUUAAGAAAAUUUGUACCUGUGAAACGGGUGUAUUAACUACAGGCUAAUUAGCAGCGUAUACAGGGUGUCUGAUAAAAAGUAGCCAAUUUGAAAAUACUGGUAGAUUGGGUCAAAACCAAGACGAAAAGUCAUGUGCCGUGUUGCAAAAUUCGCAAUAGGUAUCGAGUAAUUUACACGUCUGAGCGAAUGAGUACGUAGGAUACGGU